CUUGCUUCUUUCUUUCUCUCUCUCUUUCUCCUUUCGCCUAUUUUUUUUUCAUACUCCUUUGCGACAAGGUUAUUUUUUUCCAAACACCACUGUUGACGUUGCAUACACACCUUCGCUUUCUCUUAAUAUAUCGCGAUAUACAUCACUACGACCUCAACCAAGUCUUCGACAUUUGACAGCGCGUAACCGAGGCAGCUGAUCCCCGUUACCAUAGUUUCACACCACCUCUUAAAACAGCCCAGCUCACUUUUGCAGAAACCUGCUUACGUUUGAAUACAAAAACAACAACCCCUCCCUUACCAAGCCACUUGACGAAUCGCGUGCGUCUCCCUCCUUUCAUACAACAGUAGCAACAACGCUAAAGCUUUACCAUGCCAUUGCUGAAGCGCAAAACUUUCCCACUACUUCCACCACCUCCAUUCGAUCCCGAACGUAAAGAUUCCAGAGAUCGCCAAGUCUGGGUUUCAUCGAUCACGUCAGAGAUCUUUACCGAUUAUCAAUCCUAUUUGAAGCGCUACACCUUGUAUAAGGCACAUGUAUGGCAGUGCGAAGUGUCAGGCCGUAGCAACCUUACGUAUGAGGAAGCUCUGGAAAGCGAACGUACUGAGAAGAACCGUGUCAAAGAGAAAUUACCCGAUGCACUGCAGAAACGUGUACUGGAACGAGCGCAAUUCCAAUGCGGUCGUUUAGAUGCUGUGGUGGAUGACGUACACGAAUACUAUAUCAACCGAUUUGAUUCAGGAGAUAUGGUUACAUGUCGAUGGAACGAUGGUGUCAAAUAUAUCGCGCGCGUUCUACGAGUAGUCUCUGACAAUGUACAUCCCAUAUCAAAAAGUUCUACACUCGCGACUAACAGUGGAACCAAAGUAAACGGCAAAGAAAUAAUCGAUGAGAAUUCUACGUCCAAUGCUACAACGAACGGCAAUGCAUCUGGCGUCAAUUUCCUUGUUGAACUUGUGGAUGACGAUCUCUCGGGAGUGGAUGAUUUCCGGACGGUGGUUAACCAAGAUGAUUUAAAACGCGAUCGACUGGCAUUUUCAAAGAACUUGCUUAAGAAGUUUCUCCGAGAGAACUUGGUCAAAGAAUCUUAUAAUCAUGCACCAUGGGUUGUCAAGGCACAAACUGCUGCUAAAUUCGGCAUUGACACAACACUACCCAAAGACCUUCAAGCCGUGAAGGAUCAAAUCGAUGCUAAAUCGCGCAAACGAAAGACUCCAGCUUCCGAUUUUACAAAUGGUGAACUUGACGGUGCCGAAGCCGACGCUUCUGGAAAGACAUCAACAAAAACUAAAGCAAAGUCAUCCGUUAGCACUGCAAAAGCUCGCGGUAAAAGUGAAAUGAAAAAGACUGUCGAUGAUGCGAAAAAGAUAGAAUCGUCGAUCAAGUAUCCAAUCGAGGAUCUGGACGUUCCAAUUUAUCGACGCAAGCCAUCUGGUGAAGGACCCAUUCUCGACAUGAAACCAGGACAACCGAAAGCAAAAGAAACGAUCCCCAAUCCAACAGGUGGUAUGCCAUUGUGUCCGACACCCUCUCAACACCAAACUGUACCUUCUGAUGCUCUCGGUUCACUCUUGAUGGUUUGGUCGUUUAUCAGUGUUUUUGCACGGUCGCUUGGUCUCUAUCCUUUCCCUCUUGAUGAUUUUGAAAGCGCACUUUUACACACCAGUCCGGUAGACAAGUCUCAGAUCUUGAUCGAAAGCAAUGUCUGUCUCCUCAACACAAUCAUUAAAGAACGGAAAAAAUCGAAAAACGUUUCGCUACUAACUGCUCCUGGUACCCUCACGCCGACAUCAUCAUCGUUGCGCGGAACCCCUACACCAUCUCCCAGCCGCCAACCAUCCGUAUUGACGAGCGAGGACGAGCACCAGGCAGGAGAUAGCACUUUCGAAGAUCAAGAUGGUUCUGCAUCAACAUCCGCCAUCAUUAACCCAACUGACACAGAAAAUGAAUCCGUGUGGACAAGCCCCCAAAUCUACGAAAUUGGUCGAGCAUGGGAUGCGAAACUUAUCCCUGUUGGCAAUGAUCGUAAAGGAUGGGAAGAUGUCAUGAUUGGGUGCAUUAAUGAUAUCACUACACCGGAUCAAGCUAGCAAUGUUGAUAGAAUAUUCAGCUAUCUUGUACCACGAGAGGAUACGACAUUGGAAGAGCGAGAGGAAGCGUAUUUGCGAUUAAGUUUAAAAGACAAGGUGUUCAUGUUCGAAAUGCUCGUUGGUCUUGUCAAUGAGUGUUCUUUUAUCAAGGAAUUUAUGGAAGAAUGUCAAGAGCAAAUGACUGAACUACGAAAGCAAAAGAUCGAUUUGAGCCGUGAAAGAAAGAGAAUUCACGCCGAACGGCAAGAAUUCGAGAAACGGAUUGAUGUAGAGGAAAAAGCAAACAACCCUGAUGCUGAUGAGGAUGAGUCUUCAGACGAUUCUGAUGAUGAUGAAGAAAAUAUUGAUAGGUCAUCGUCUCAAGCAGACACCUCGACACCGUCACCUUCUCGAACCGAGUCUCGACAAGCAUUAUUGAAGCGCAAACAAAUAGAGCGUGAAGAACGAGAAGCAAAGAGACUUAAAAUGUAUCAUCAGCAACGAGAGGAAGCGCGCGCACGAAACCAAGAGCUCAAGGCCCGUAAUGCUGCCCGUAAGAAAUUGGAUGACGAAGAGCGGCAUGUGUAUAAAAAGGAAGAGCAACUUGAACACAACAUGCGCAAAUAUAGUACUCUGCGGAUAAAACCUCUGGGUCGCGACAAAUUCUUCAAUCGCUACAUGUACCUUGACAAUAUCGGUGGCGCACAUGUACAUGGCACUGGAAGGCUUUUUGUUCAAAGCCCAAGUGACCUCGACCUUACCAUUAUACGAGAACGAAACGAUCCUCUGUCAUUCACUCAAACCAUUCCAGUAACAACGAAUACAUCGAACGCUAACAACAACUCCACAACUCCUUCGUGCGGGCACGGCGGAGGCAUUCAAUUCGUAUCUGCAUUGAUGCAAGCACAAGGAUUCGCCAAAGAAGCAGAUUUUAUGGAGCAGCGGAUACGCAGUAUGGAUGGAAUGGCAAAUAACGCGGCUGCUACCACGUUGCAGACUGAAGAAUGGUGGAGAAGUUACGAUGAUCCCGAAGACAUUGACAAGCUUUUAGCAUGGUUGAAUCCAAAGGGCGAGCGAGAGCACAGACUGAUACGAGAAUUGAAUAAGCAUGCGCAUAAUUUGGCCAAUGGCAUGAAAAAGAGAAUGACAGACCAAAGCAAUGCAUCGAAACCAGAAGUCUCAAGGCGUAGCACUCGUAGUAAAGGCUCAUCGACGGGAAUUGCUCCUGGUUCAUGGCUUGCAUAUGUCAACAAAUUCGCAAAGUAGAAUAAGCUGUCCUUUUACAAAACUUAAUAAAGUGCAAUUGGACGUUGCAUUUCCACUCAAGGAUGUGUAUGAG